AGAGGGCACCAACAUGGCCGCCGUCCUGUGUCGAUAACAUUUCUGUCUCAAUGUUAACUCACGCUGCAGGUUUCACACUUCAGUGCUUUGAAUAACUUACAGCGAUCAAGAAUCUGCACCUGUUACCGCAUUUCGACGCCGACAUGUUCCAGGUAAUCGGCGGGAGGAGCGUCCAGGCUUCCCGGCUCCUCGCUCCCAGGAGCGCCGUGCUCGUGGAGGCUGUCCGGGGCAGAAAGUCCCGCACCGACCCGGUGGCCAAGUCCAAGGAGGGACGGAUAAAAACGCCUCCCCCGGUCGACCCGGUGGAGAUGGUGGUGCUCAAGGAGAGGUUCUCCGAGUACCAGCUGCUCAUGAAGUCGCUCCGUAUGGCCUUCAAGGAGGAGGUGCUGCGAAAGAAGUACGAGGAGGAGACGGGCUCGCGGGCGGAGGAGAGGGCGAGGGAGGAGGAGGAGGAGCACCGAGCCCUGAUGGCCCUCAACGACCAGGAGAACCUCCGCAUGCUCAGACUCAGAAUCCUGCGGGUCCAGGAGCAGGCGGAAAAAGCUCAGCGCAAGAAGCUCAAAGUUUUACUUAAGCAAGAACAGGGGCAGCAGAAAUUCCUCAAAGAAAAGGAGAAGGAGAUUUUACAGCUGCAGGAGGACGCAAAGAACUUCAUCACCUUGGAGAACCUGGACCAGCGGAUCGAGGAGGCUCUGGACAAUCCAAAGAAUUACAACUUUGCCAUCGACAAAGAAGGCCAAGUGGUCAAACAGACGAUACUGCAGUGACGAAGAUGAACGCACGACUGUGGGAGAGGAUUCUUUUUCUAACUCGAACUCUGAAAAACGUCAGUCAGAAAAAGGUUAACCUCGCCUGGAAACUGAGGAGUUCUCUGAAAUCUCCAGCGUUGAAUGAAAGUUCAAUCACUGCUGGAGCCUUUAUGUUUCAUGUUUCUGCUUUCUUAUGUGAAUGACGCACAUCGCCCCCAUCAGGCUGUUCUGAUCAUUACUGGUGUUGCUCAUGAUGUGUAAAGUAAAUUAACGUCAACAAGA